CCGUCUAAAGUCACCGUCUCGAGAAUAGUGACCUUUAUUCUCUGGAUUUUCUCGAAAGCUUUGAAGCUUUAAAGAAUCUGAUUGCUCUUCUGACGUUUUCAAAUUUGGUUUGGAAGGGGGAAAAAGCGAAGGAACUAUGUCGGAAUCGUCUUCUUCGUCGUCGUCACCUACGGAAGAGAUCGUUCGAUUAAUCAAACGAUUAAGCGCUUACGUCACUUUUAAGAUGUCUAGCCUCUUCUCUACAUCUAUUCGCAAUCUGGAUUCAAGAUCUGUUGGCGCUAUCGCUGGUCUUGCAAUUGCUGUGAUAUUCACAUGGAGGGCGUUGAGAACAACAGGGGAGCCUCCAAGAAGGCAGCCAAAACGCAGGAUGCAGCCAGCUGAAACCUCUCAGUCUAAUCCAGCUUCGAGCCCACCUGAUGUCUCGGCGUCUCAUGAGGAUAACGGAGUGCAGGAUGUCGUUGAUCACUUCUUUCAGCCUGUCAAACCUACACUGGGGCAGAUAGUUAGGCAGAAGCUUAGUGAAGGCAGGAAGGUAACAUGCCGUCUUCUUGGAGUUAUUCUUGAGGAAUCAAGUCCAGAAGAACUCCAAAAACAAGCAACAGUGAGGUCAUCUGUCCUGGAAGUCCUCCUAGAGAUUACAAAGUAUUCUGAUUUGUAUCUCAUGGAAAGAGUUCUUGACGACGAAAGCGAAGCCAAAGUUCUACAGGCUCUAGAGACUGCAGGCGUUUUCACAUCUGGUGGUUUGGUCAAAGAUAAGGUGCUCUUUUGUAGUACAGAGAUGGGAAGAAGUUCGUUUGUUAGACAACUCGAACCUGACUGGCACAUCGAUACAAACCCAGAAAUCAGCACUCAACUAGCUAGGUUCAUAAAAUAUCAGCUUCACGUCUCUGACGCGAAACCAGAGAGAACGGCUCCCAACGUUUUCUGCUCACAGUCAAUAGAACAGUUCUUUGGAAGUGCUUGAUGCCAAGACAAAGAGGUGGAAGAUGCGCAACAAAACACAGAGACUCACUGUUCUAACAGAAGCAAGCACUAGAUGCAUAAAUUGUCUCGUUAAGCAUCUCUUAGACUGAAGUUAAAAAGAUACUUUCUUUUUGUAUUUUUUUCUGGAAAUUUUAAAGUAAGUUUGAUAAUUUAGAAUACACUGGGAGAGAGUUCCUUGGUGGAAGGGAAGUAUCGAGGUUUGUAAUAUUUGUAUUAGUAACUUAGCAGAAAAGUCUUGAUGAAAUGAAAAGAGCCCGUUGUUCU